CGCGCCGCCGGGAAGCCAUGAGUCUGCAGGGAUCUGCGAGAGCCGGAAAGAUGUCGGUUCCCUUGUUCCGCGCCUGCAGUAAGCGGCUAUAUUCAUAAAAAGGAACCUGGAACGGCACUCCCCGGGGCUAAGGUGGUAUCAGUACAUGUCGUGGGGCCAGAGAAGCUAGAGGCAGGCCGACGCGGGAUAUCCCGGAUCCCCCGGAGAGGCUGCCACUCUGAUGUCUGAAGAGACAGGCCCUCGGCCCAGGCUGGCUAUGAAGAGUGACUCCUCGACCCCUGCAGCCCCCCUUAGGGGGCUCGGGGCGCCCCUGAGGAGCAGCGAGCCUGUGUGCGCCGCCCCACCUCCAUCAGCAGCCGUGGUUCUGCUGGAGGAGGCUGCAGACCUCUUGGUGGUGCACCUGGACUUCCGGGGAGCGCUGCAGACCUGUGAACGCGCCUGGCGGAGCUUAGCCAACGAUGAUGCGGGCACCUCCUUGGAGGUGAAAUGCUCCCUGUGUGUUGUGGGGAUCCAGGCCCUGGCAGAAAUGAAUCGGUGGCAGGAAGUCCUGUCCUGGGUUCUUCAGUAUUACCAGGUCCCUGAAAAGCUACCUCCCAAAGUCCUGGAACUAUGUGUUCUUUUAUACAGCAAAAUGCAAGAGCCUGGAGCUGUGCUGGAAGUGGUCAGUGCUUGGCUACAAGACCCCGACAAUCAGGGCCUUCCAGAAUACAGAGCCUUGGCAGAACUUCACCUGCAGCGGGUGCUGCUGCCUCUGGGCUGCUUGUCAGAGGCUGAGGAGCUCGUGGUGGGCUCUGCAGCCUUCAGUGAGGAAGAGCAGCUGGACGUACUCCAAACCAUGAAUAAGGCAAGGCAACAGCAGAAACACCAACACUCAGGCUCUGAGGAGGCCCAGAAGCUAAACCAGGAAGGCUCCUCCUCCCACAAGUUCCUGUCACUAAUGGUGUUGCUUCGCCGGCUUUGGGAUUCUACAGUGAGCCACUUCUUUUCCAUGCCCUUCAGAAAGAGCCUCCUGGCCGCCUUGAUCCUCUGCCUCUUGGUGGUAAGGUUUGAUCCAGCUUCUCCUUCUUCCUUGCCCUUCCUCUACAAGCUGGCUCAGCUCUUCCAUCGGAUCCAGGAGGCCAUGUUUUCGCUCUACCGGCUUCCUAUCCACGACUGAGUGGUCUUUCCCAUUCCACUCAACCUCUCACUCCCCAGGUUGGCUGUGACAGAAGCAGAGUAACUCAUCCAUGGCAGCCCACCUGUUGCUGGCUGGGCCCCCUCAGGAGUGGGGCCAGCCCCAAUUCUAGAAAGACCUGAUCCAGUCUGGUGAACUGUGUUUUGCCACCUGAAUGUUAUCCCCCUUGCACCCCACUUUGGCUGGUAUUGGUAGGUAAUGUGGGAACAAAGUGGGGCCAGAGAGCACAAGUCCUCCAGAAUAAUACUCCCUUAUACCCAGAGGCCCCUUCUAAAGGAGGGGUUUGGGAAAGGAGAGUGUGUCCAUGAAAUACUCCUUCUUCUUGGCAAAGGCAAGGGAUUGAUUUUUCAGGUCAGGGUGUUAAUGAAGCUGGAAGUUCAGAAAACUCUGAUAGAAUGACCAUUGGCCUUUCACUUCUGUGGAAAACUUACCUCUGAAAAUUGCCUCACAGGGUAGGCCCUUAAUUAGGCAAAGUGAGGAUCUGAGAGGGCCUUUUAAUUCUCCUCUUUAUUUUCCUUUCCACCAAAUCUGUGCAUAGAGAAGUUAUUUAUCAAUACACCAUUCCUGUGGUUUUGCAAUGGGCUUGAAACUGCUUGGGCCCUCUCUUUUCAGAUCAGGACGUGGCUUUCAAACCACCCAGGUAACUGUUGAAAGCAAAAUAAGGCGGCUCUGCUCUUCUCACUGGGUAAAGUGAUCUUGUUUGGUGCCUCUUGGGCUUCAGCUCAAUUUUCCAGGUUGUCAGUGGCCAAGUCCUGCUCUAUUACACACUCAGUAUUCCUGUGUUCUCUUUCUUCCUGUCAGUUCCUUCUCACUGCCCUGCAAUAGUACUUUUGUACUUUGUCCAAUGGCUGUUUCACCAGGUUCUGCCCUCCAUCCUUGCCUCCUUGGUAUACACCGUUGCUGGUCCCCCUCCGCCUUCUAUGUCCUGUUGUUCUAGCUAUAGUCUAUUGUUUGUAUAAUGUACAGGUUUUUCCGCUCGUGUGGCCUUGAAAAGUAGGCCAGGCUCAGAGGCUGAUGAGCUGAAAAUGGAACUGGGUAAUCAGGUGAGCUGGAAGGGAUGUGUAGAGGGAGUUGGGCAGAGGGGAGAUAUGGGUUUUGAAGGCAAUAAACAAUUCAUUGUUAGGGGGAGGAGGCACUGGGACCAUAGCAUUUGGGUAUUUGAAAUGUUUCAGUGUUUUCUGUCACUAGCCACAAGAAUCUUACAUGUUACUGUGCAAGUAAACGUAAAACACUACUAUGCUUUCGGAGUUGUAAAAGGCUUCCCGCAGGGGCUAGCCUUUUUGAGGCUGAAGGCCAAGCAAACUGCCCCCAGCUGGGGUUUCAGGCAGUGUUGAUGCCAGGAAUAGAGGAGGUGCUUAGUAGUUUCCCAGAGGUUGGUUUUCAGGAGUUCCAAGUGAACAAUUCUCUUUAGUAAAGUGGGUAGAAGGAGUAAACCUCACAGGCCCUUGGGAGGUAAGUCCCUAGGGUGUGGUCCACCUCUGUAGGAAACAAAUCUGUGCUUUUACAUAUGGGCUUUUAAAUAGAGUUAAGAACCCUGGGGAGAGGAGAGGAGACAGAUAAGCUUUGAGAUCUGUUAGAAUGAUUUCUCAAAAUGAAAAUCCGGUCCUUCGCUACCCUAGAUAAAACUCUUUAAUGUCUUCCCAUGCCUCGCAUGGCAUUUCUUCUUAAAUUUGUCAUGGAAUUUUUUUUUUUAAGAUUUUAUUUAUUUAUUUGAGAGAGAGACUGAGAGAGAGAGCAUGAGAGGGGGGAGGGUCAGAGGGAGAAGCAGACUCCCCGCUGAGCAGGGAGCCCGAUGCGGACUCGAUCCGGGACUCCAGGAUCAUGACCUGAGCCGAAGGCAGUCGCUUAACCAACGGAGCCACCCAGGUGCCCUGUCAUGGAAUUUAAGGCCCCUUAUGCACUGGUCUUGGCUAACACCUCCACUUUGAUACGGGGACUCUGUUCCUCAUGCACGCUGCCCUCCAGCUGCCCAGCCAGUCAGUUUUCUGAACGUUUCAUGCUCCUUCACACCACUGUAACUUUAGCACCUGCUGUUCCCUCUGGAAGGCCCAGCUUCCACUUUUUGCCUGGUUAGCUCCUCGAAUUUCCAGACUUACUCAAGGGUUACCUUUGGGAAUCCUGUCCUGACGUCCUCUGCUUCCACCUUUUUGUGGUAGUGACCCCAUGGCCUUAUAAUUGUGAAGUCCUUUGUUACCUCCAGUAACUGUGAGCUCUUUGAAGCUGGGGAAUGUGGCUCAUUGCAGUGUUUAAGAAUCAGGUUUGGGGGGCACCUGUGUGGCUCAGUCAUUAAGCGUCUGCUUUCAGCUCAGGUCAUGAUCCCAGGGUCCUGGGAUCGAGCCCCGCAUUGGGCUCCCUGCUCUGCAGGAGGCCUGCUUCUCCCUCUCCCCCUGCUUGUGCUCUCUCUCUCGCUGUCUCUCUCUGUCAAAUAAAUAAGUAAAAUCUUUAAAAAAAAAAAAAAAGAAUCAGGUUUGGAUCCCUGCUCUACCACUCAUGAGGCAUGUGUCUGUUGGAAAGUGACCUAUCCUUUCUCAACCUCAAUGUCCUCAUCUGUUAGUGAGUUAUUAUCUUGUAGGGACUUUUAGGCCUAGCCGAGGACAUAUGAAGGUAUCAGAGGUGUUUAAAUGAAUGAACUGAUACAGCUGCCAUGACAAAAGAUCCGUGUGCUUUUGGUGUAUUUUGUAUUGUGAAAAGUCUGAGUAAAAAGAAGUCUGUCUGUCCCUUGAAGUUCUUCCAUAUUAUUCAGCUUGUAGGUCUCUUGGUUCUCUGUUUGAUGUUUGUCUUGAACUCUGCAGUGCUCUCUGGUCACCAGCCCCAGCUACCUUCCUAGUGAGUCAAGGAACUCAGAACCAAAACUGCUCUGAUGACUUUGACCUUUUCUAAGAAUGGAGGCAGGUAUUCAUACCAGUCUUCAAGUCUGGGCUUAAGGAGGUCGGAAAUGAAGGGAAGGCUUCCUUGUUAGACUUAGAGCUGUGCUGUCCAAUAUGGUAGCCAUUAGCCACAGGUGGCUUUUGAGCACUUGAAAUGUGGCUGGUCCAAAUCGAGAUGUUCUGUAAAUGUAAAAUACUCACUGGAUUUUGAAGAUUUAGUACUAAAAAAAUGAAAAUUCAAUAAUUUUUAUAUUGAUUGCAUGUUGAAAUGAUAAUAUUUUGGGUAUAUUGGGUUAAAUAAAAUCUAUUAAAAUUAA